AUGGGCAGCGGCGGCUCGGCGCGGCCGGCGUCGGCCGAGGGCCCCGGGGGCGCGGAGCAGCGGCUGGAGGUGCGCGGCGGGCGGCUGCCGGCGGCGCUGUGGGCGCAGCGCGGGCUCAUCAAGCUGUACCUGAGCGGCGCGGGGCUGCGGGAGCUGCCGGCCGAGCUGGCGGCGCUGCGGCACCUCCGCACGCUGGCCCUGGACGGCAACGAGCUGCUGGAGGUGCCCGAGGCGCUGUGCCGCCUGCCGCGCCUGGCGCACCUCUACCUGGGCCGCAACGCGCUGCGGGGGCUGCCGCCCGCCUUCGCCCGCCUGCAGAGCCUGCGCUGCCUCUGGCUGGAGGGCAACGCCGUGGCACGCUUCCCCCGCGCCCUGCUGCGCCUGCCCGGCCUGCGCAGCCUGCAGCUGGGCGACAACCGCCUGGCGCGCCUGCCCGCCGCGCUGCCCCGCAUGGCCGGCCUGCGCGGGCUCUGGCUCUACGGCAACCGCUUCGAGGAGUUCCCCCCGGCCCUGCUGCGCAUGGGCCAGCUCCGCGUCCUCGACCUGGACCGCAACCGCAUCGCCCGCUUCCCCGACCUGGCCGGCCUGGCCGGCCUGCGCCUGCUCUCCUACGACCACAACCCCGUGCGGCAGCCGCCCCGCGUGGCCGACGCCGUGCGGCUGGUGGGCGACGGGGCGCAGGAGUUCAUGGAGGCGCGGGAGGAGCGCCUGCAGGGCCUCCGGUGCCAGGACGAGAAGGAGGAGGAGGAGGAGGAAGGUGCUGAGGCCUCCCCGGCGGCCCCCAGGGACGGCUCCCCGCUGCUGGGGGACGAGGAGGGCAGCGUCGCGGCCCUGCCGGGCUCCCCGAGGGAGACGUGAGGCGCUGCGCCGCAGCCGGACACCCCCUCGAUGUGCUGCAAAGGGAUGGGGAGCCUCUGCGGGGCUGCCAAGGACCAGCGUCUCCCGCCUAGGGCAGGCAGAACGGGAAGCUUGCGACCUCUGCACAAGGGAAAACAGUCCACAGUUUGCUGGGACUGCAAAGAGCUGCCACCUGGACCCACGGGGCUCGCAGCUUGCCGUCAGCAUCCACAAGUCCACCAUAGAGCGCCCUGCGUAAGCAUGGGGCUCGAGCAUUGGACAAGGGAAACCUCCCUCUGCCUGACGGGUGGCCCUGCAGACCCCGCUCACCCACGGGACAGGCAGCCAGGCGUCCCUGAGAAGCCGGUGUCCCAGGAGCACGGCUCUGGGGACUUUCCUACAACGAGCUGCAGGUGCCCCACCGCCUCCAUGGGUGCCUUUUGCUCCUGGUUCCACGGGGCAAGACAGAAAGAAGCAACGCUGUUUGCAUCUUUGCGUGC